AUGACACGCAAGAAGGCCCGACGUAAUUGUGUACCGAGUAAUUUUUUUCGCCUGCUAGUUCUCAAGCAAGAACUACAAGGCGACGUGAAAGUGAUGAAAGUCAUUGUAGACGAAGUUGAUGUACUGCGUUUGUGUCGUCAAUUGGGCAUGUCUAUGUCCGGUGGAGGUGACCGGACUAAGUUCGAGCUCGGCAAGUUUGACCCCAGUGAGUAUGACGCUGACUUCGCACGUUUCAUUCGUGACAAGCUUGUGACUCGAGUAGGCGGCUGCGAUGGACAUGUCGACAGCGAUCAAGCCGUUGAUGAGCAACUCGAAAUUGGUUGUUUGUUUGGUAAGCAGGUAGAAGUAAAGGCGGAGCUCGAUCGAAUGGGGAUUUGGAGUCGAGCGUGUGACAAUCUGAUCACUUACCAAGACCAGGGUGUCUAUUGCCUUGAAUGCGGCACCCAAUGUGCAGGCGGUCGCGGAUUCGUGGCGUUCUCGUGGCUUCGUGCCGACCUUUUUGGACCGAAAACAAUACGCGAUACCCCUGUGUAUGUGCUUCGAUUUUUACUGUCCCUCAGCUCGGCCAUCACGUGCUGUAUGUCUCGAAGUGAUUUUGAACUCCUGAAGCGUGUGACAGACGCUAGGUUUGACAGCUCAAGCAUGCGAUGGCAAUCGUGUUCGGUUGAAUUUCAAGUAAAACGACACAUGGAGCAGAGGGACAGUAUCUGCAGUACUGGGCCGGCGAAAGCUCUUGUUCCUCAAACCGUUGACAUCAAAACUAUCCAGAUUGUCAGCGGAAUGUUCCCAGCCAUUGCUGUCGAAAGCGCAGUACCAUCGGUAACAGAGUGGGUGUCGCAAGACGAGACGUUGAGCUGUACAAACUUCGCAGACUGGCUACAGGAAAAGAGCGUCAAUUAUGCGGUAGAGCUCGUAAAUGGAGAUCUGUUACCCGUGGAUGUGCGCAACUGCGUGCUUGCAAAGUUCGGCUAUUUUCCGCAGUCAGGCCUAGAUGAGUCGCGAGUGCGAAUGGACGGAAAAUUGGCAGAAGCGGUAAAGUUAGUUGGUGAACAUGUGACGCACUAUGUGAAUGGGAUAUACGUCGCAAUGGUCGAUGUGAGCCAAAUGCUUGUUGCUAUUCCAUACUCUCCGAAUGACUUAGAGCAACAGGCAGCCUGCGGACAGUACGAUCAUCUAUUGGACGAGCUGAACAGAUACAAGGUGCUGGAUGAACUCGACGAUCAGACACGCACAGCACUUACAAUCCCUGAAAGACUGCAGAAUAGUUUGGAUCUGCUGGCUGAAGUUUUCGAACGCCAGCCCGCCUUUUUCGAGGAAAUGCUUGGAUGCAUUGAGACCGACAAUUUGACGGCUAUUUCCGCCCGUUAUCAAAAUUCGCUUACAGGGUACUAUCAAAGUAUCCGUAGUUAUUGGGGGAUGGUAUGGACUAGAAAGCUGAAGUUUGGACCCGAGUUCCGAUGCGCAAUGCAGCAGCAUCAGCUAAAGCUGCAAAACGCUUUUCUAGCUGUGUUACCACGCGUCAUAUCCAUGUUGUCGAUUGCGGUCCGGAAGGAAAAUCUUCAACUACGAGCAAAAGAACUGCAAUCGCAAUCGCAUGAAGAACGAGCUAUGAUAAAGAAUGCAGCGUUUGAAGAGCUCCGCGCGUACCUAUUGAUACGCGUCGGUCGGCAGCUGCAAUCGAAAGUUGCUAUCCGUAGACUGACACCAGACGAAGCUUAUGUCGACGCCGAAUGGAGCAAAGAAGUGGAAAAAGUGCCUACGAAAGUGAUGCGUUUGUACGACAUAUCAAGCGGCAGCCUUGCUGCAAUGACGCUGCUUGGGACCGCUGAGUUCGAUCCCGGGUUCGAGCUCCGAAAACUAGCCACGAGCAAAAUGAAUCAGAUCAUCGCAGUUCUUGUCAAAGAUUGCAGCACAGUUGUUCAACGCAUUCAGUUCGACGUGCAGGCAACUCGGUCCGGAGAAAAAAAGGGCGAGCAAUACGUUGUGCGAACGUUUCCGCGCGCCUGUUCACUCUGUUCUAUACGGACUCAAGAUCGACAAGUCGCAUUCGUGUUUGGCGAGUAUUUUGGAACAGCUGCCUUGUGCCGCUUUAACGACACAUUCACAAGGAUCGACGUGAUGCGAGAUAUCGCGCUGGACACGUCGCUUAGUCUGACGGCCCCUUUGGUGGACAUUCUUUUGACGGAACGAUCGAUCUAUGCUGUCGACAUAAAAGGCCACGUUCAGUCGUAUGAUGUGCGGUCACGCCAAACGUCGAAGAAGACGUCGCUUGGCGCGGGUGAGUGGAUCGGUGGCUUGUUGAGCUUUGCAGACGAGCUUGUGGUCGGGCGAGCCAUUGUCCAAAAGGACCACACCAUACGUGUGAGUUUCAUUUCCAGUGAUGACCACCGAGAGUUGCCCGCUGUGAACAUUUCCGAUGUUGUGGGGUCAGCAGGACUUGGAGUGGGCUGCGCUGGUGACAAUCUGUACAUACUGAAUGCCGGAGAGGGAGCGAUACAUGCGUACAAGUUGGAUGUCACCGUUCGAAGUGACGCAUUUCGCAUUCAGCGGUUUGGCGAUGGCGGAAAGGUCACUCAGAGAGGGCGUGGACUAGGGACGAACACGGCAGAUGACGCAUCGGAGCACUGGUUGCGGGUGUUUUAUCAUGUGUUUGAGAAAUUUCCGGUACGGUGUCUGAUUGACCAAGCGUUGUUGCCGAAGGACUCGUUCCCUCUGGACGUAGGAAUUACCGUGUCUCCGCCUCUUGAUGCUCAGGAAGACGACGAGCUACUUGUUACGAUCUGCAGACGAUACUUUCACAAAGUGAUGGUUGAUAUCCGACGGCUGAACAAGCCGCUCUUUGGGUUGGACCUGGCGACGAGUGUAACGUGCGGACACGCGUAUCAAACCAGACCAGUUCGCGAAGUGCUGACAGCUAUUGUCUCGUUUGUACCAGUGCAAAUCUGCCGUGCAGAAGACAAUAUGCUGAAGCUUCUGCGAAACGGAAGGAGUGUCAAGGACACGUCAAGGACUAAGAGUGUGAGCUCGUUAGCGGGAAGUAGCGCAGCUGAGAUUGCUCAGUCGCUUCGCUUCGGUUUGCUCUCGCCGCUAGUGGAGUCGUGGAGUGGGCGUUGUGUGGUCGUUACGUCCAUGGGAAAGCAAUCCACAGGAAAGAGCUACUUUCUCAAUAACCUUACAGGGACGACGUUUGCGAUUGCUGGCUCUCGGUGCACGGAAGGGGUAUGGAUGUCGGUGCGUUUUUUGUCUAGUGACAUGCUUCUUGUUGUUUUGGAUUUUGAAGGUCUUGGUUCAUUCGAGAGGUCAGAACAGGAGGACGUGUUUCUUUCUGUACUCAACGCUUCAGUAUCGCAGCUCACGGUGUUCCGUAUGGACAGUCGUUUCGACAAAGACGUCGAUAGUCUGUUCUCUCGUUUCCAGAAGGGGGUGCAGCUACUCAAGAAGGAACCGAAACUUUUUCGAGGACUCCUUUACAUGAGUGUCAAAGAUGUGAAUAUGAAUGACCGUCAAGGAGUUGUUGACGAGCUUUCUGUCAAGCUUGAUCGAGUAUUUGAGGCAAACAAAGCCCAGAACUUCUUGACUGAGAUGUAUGCCGGUCAGCUGGUGAUCAAUUGCACACCACCAUUUGGCACCACGGAGUACUAUCAGAGCAUGGAAAACGACGUGUUGAAAAGGCUGUGCCACAUCGUAAGUCUAUUGGAUCAACCACUGGCGGGGUUUGCGACAGGAAAGACUUUUCUGGACUGCUUCCGAUUGGUAUUGUCGAAGAUCUCGAUUUUGGACUGGACUAGUAUGGAGAAGGACACGGAACAUCUGCUGAUCGUAGACGCGAACGAAAAGCUACCAGGUAUUCUCCGGACGGGUUGCUGCGUUGCCCACUCUUUGGUGGCAGAUCCGUCGAUUCCCUCCCAUUUGAAGGAAGAUGUCGUGCGCGUCGGCACUCGCGAAAAGAUCGUCAUCUCGCUAGAGAAUGUAUGUCAAGCGUAUCCGGAGCGUGCUUCAAUGUGGCGAAGCUUGGACGAUGUCGUAUCCUUGGACGAUAUCAACGACGAAUCGCUAGAUUUUGGAUUCGACGUGACGAUGCCUGGUGGCACGAAAUGUGGCACUAUUCACAAGGCGCUGGUGGUGCACUUUCAUCGUUUCUCAUCUCUCCGUGGAGUCGGAGGUGACACUUCCAAACUAGUCGUCGGAGACCAGCUCGCUUUUGACGCUUUUUUGGUAUUCGCACUGCGCCGACGUAUAAUGAAGGUAAAACAUUACUAUUGUAACAAAGACGUCGGCCACAUGGGUCUACACGACACCUCGCACGGUAACAUGCGCUCGACGUAUUUUCUAGCGAAAGACAAGGACAUUGAAGUCAGAGAACGGAAGUACGAAGUCGGCGAGUCGGGAACUGCCGAGAUGUGCAACCUAUUUUGUGCGAAAAUGGGUCGUGGUCAUGUGCACUACUUGUCGUGCGAGGGUUCUGCUGAUGAAAUGUGCGUCUAUGCUGGCGAAGACGCUAGCAUCGUCGAACAAGACCAGCGUCGCCACUGUACCGACAACCUGUAUCCAGUGCCGGAACGAGCCAUGGACGAAUUGCUACAUGCUAAGUUUUGGUCCACGAUCGGGUGGGUGGACCCAUGCAACGAAACCGAGCGAGCUCUGUUUGCGAUGUGUCGCUUUCAGUGCAAUGCGCCAGAACACGAGGAAGAAGGGAAGUUACCCUCGUACUGUGUCCUGGACGCUUGGCAUCAGCCUGAAGUGAGACCUGAAGAGGGCGAUGACAAGUUUGCUUACGUCGACGGCCACAAGUUUGAGUGCGUGCAUGCGAUUGAUUCAGGUACGUUCCACAACGUGUUUGUCCUGGACAGCUCUGGAUCGAUGAAUGGGCAGCCAUGGCAAGAUUUGCUGUACGCAUGCAAUGACUUUGCCGCCAGCCGACUGAAGGACGGAGGUGAAAACGAUUUGGUCUCUUACGUAACGUUUGACCACGAAAGCCGCAUUUUCUGUGAGAAGGUACCGUUGGGCGAGUCGAACGCAAUGCUUGUGCCCUUUUCUGGUGGGGGGACCAGUUUUGAACAGGGCUUGCGCGCUGCGAAUGAAGUGUUGUCACGAAAUGAUUUCAAGGAGUACAAGGCGACUUUGAUCUUCUUUUCGGACGGCCGGCCGUGGGACUUCCGUUUGGGAAUCACGCUUGCUCAGCACAUUCACUCGAUGUACGCCAAAUACGACUUGAAGGCAUUCGUCGUGGGAUUCGGGAGGGUGAACGCAUCGGUGCUACAAUCUGUGGCCGAUAAAAUGGGUGGCGAAUAUCGACUGGUGUUGGACUCGAAUGCGCUGAAGACAGAAUUCAACCGAAUUGUUGCUGUGCUUUGCGGCGGGGAGGCAAGUCUCGCGCUGCAAGAGUCAAGGGAUGAUGGUACGUGA